AUGAAGGUUGAAUUUGCUCCUCUCUCUAUUCCUUUAGAGAGAAGGCUUCAGACUGCUUCAGUAGUUCAUUGGGUCUUCAGUUUCCUGGGACUAGCACAGUGCUGCAUAGUUCUCUUCAUCGGCCUCUUCUUCACUCGCUUUUGGCUGGUCAGUGUCCUGUAUGCAACGUGGUGGCUUCUGGACUGGGACACGCCAAGCAAAGGUGGGCGACGGAUUCACUGCAUCAGGAACAGCAUCAUCUGGAGACACAUGAGGAACUAUUUCCCCGUCACUCUGGUGAAAACGGCAGAGCUGGAUCCAAGUAAGAACUACGUGGUCGGCUUCCAUCCCCACGGGGUCCCGGUGGCCGGUGCCUUCCUCCAUUUCUGCACCGAGGCAACGGGGUUUUCGCAGCUGUUCCCGGGGUUGACCCCUCACAUGAUGAUGCUGACACUCUGGUUCAGAGUCCCCUUCUUCAGGGACUACCUGCUGAGCGGAGGCCUCGUCCCAUCUGACAAAGACAGUGCUUCGUACGUGCUGAGGAGGUGGGGAGGCGGGAACGUGCUGGCCAUAGCAGUGGGAGGGGCCCAGGAGGCCCUGGACGCGCGGCCCGGAGCCUUCACCCUACUGCUGAAAAACCGCAAGGGGUUCGUUCGACUGGCCAUGGAGCACGGGGCUCCCCUUGUCCCCGUGUUUUCCUUUGGAGAGAACGAGCUCUUUGACCAGGUCAACAACGCAAAGGGCUCCUGGCUGAGGUGGACGCAGCACCGUCUUCAACAAAUCAUGGGCAUCUCGCUCCCCCUGUUCCACGCCCGGGACAUGUUCCAGUACAGCUUCGGGCUGCUCCCGUAUCGACGGCCCAUCUUCACUGUGGUUGGGAAGCCAAUUAAGGUAGAGAAGAAGCACAACCCAUCCCAGGAAGAAGUCGAUCGAUUACAUCAGACGUACAUUGAGGAACUGUGCAAACUCUUUGAGGAGCAUAAAACUAAAUACUAUGUCCCAGAGGACAGGCAUCUUGAAUUUAUAUAA